GCAAUUUAUAAAUAACAAUAGAGAUAAUAUUAGAAUAAAAGUUUUUAAAAUUAACCUUUUUCUUUUUAUUUUUUUUAUAAAUUUAACUUUUUAUUAAUAAUCAUUUGUUUAUUGUCACACAUAAAAAAUUUAUAUAUAGGUUUUUUAAAUACAUUGUGGGUGGUGUGGUUUUUUUUUUUAUAAUAAUUUUUUAAUAUUACUAUUACCAAAUUUAAAUAUUAACACCAAAAUACUGUCGUUUUGAUUUCCAAAAAUUUCAGUAUUAAAAAAUUUUGUAUAAAAAUAAUUAUAAUUUUCUUUUUUUUAUAAAUAGCAUUUUUAUUUAAUCCAAUAUUUUCUUUAUUCACUUAAUAAUACACCAUAUACACAACAAUACUUUUAUAAUUUUUUUAAGUUAUAUUUAAAAUAAAUAAACACAUAAAUUCUUAUAGAUAAAACAUACAUAUAUACACUCAUAUAUAAACAUACUUUUUAUAUAAAUCGUGUGUAAAUAUUGUACAUUGGUGUAUAACACAUAUCUUAAAAUUUAAAAAAAUAGUAAUAGUAAUAAUAAUAAUAAUAUUUAAAUUUUUUUAUAAACAAGGACAAAUAAUAAUAAUUAAUAUUAUAAUAAAUAAAUAUUUAAAUUCUUUUUUUUAAAUUUAUUUCUUUUUUCUUUUAAAUCAAUUAUUUUAAUUAUUAAAUAAUUUAUUAAAACUUUAAUAUCAAAAUAAUAUGAUUCCAAAAAUUAUAGGAAUAAGUGAAAUAGGAAAAUAUAAAGACUAUGAUGAUACUCAAAUAGAAGAACAAAAUGAACCUAACUUCAAUAAUUUUAAUAAUAGAAGGGGAACAACAAGUGGCAACAGUUUAAGAGUGGAUAUUCCAAAAUCACCAAAAUCACCAAAAUUUUCAUUAAUAACACCCAAAUCCCCAAAAAAUUCUUUAUCACCAAUGACACCUAAAUCACCUAAGUCACCUAUGAUUUCUUCAUUUUUAAAUUUAAAUAAAUCUCAACCAUCCCCAAUGACACCAAGAACACUUGCAUCAAAAAGAGAUAGUUCAUCAGUUUAUGUUAUGGAGGAUAAUGAUUAUUUAUAUAUCUUAUGUAGGGGUUGCAAAACAUGUUCAAAAAAAUUCCAACAUUAUAUGACCAUUAAAAAGAUAAUUAAAAAAAAGAAAAAAAAAUUUUUCAAUUUCUAAAAAAAUUAUUCCAGCUUAAUAAUCAAAAAUUCUUCAUUCUUAGUUUAACAAAUAUAUAUAUUUAUUUAUAUACAUUAUUUAGAAUCACUUUAAUUUGGAGAUACUAAAAAAUGUUAGUUUUAAACUUGUAAAUAAAAAAAAAAUUAUUAUUUUAUCGAAAAUU